UUCAUUCACUAGUAAUAAGACGAGUGAUGAACAUCCGUGGCGCACUGACGCACCGAGUUCAGCACCAAAACAAGCUCUGAGACGCGCACACACAGCGGAGUGACCAUUGUGGAGUACAGUACCAUGCAAGGAGAGGACGCCUGCUGACAGAAAGACGCACGGCUGUGGAUAUUGGUCUUCCCUCACCUUUGGAUAACUUGGAGAUUGGAAACGCUUCCUCUGGACGUUUUUGACGCACAGCAACAAGGAUCUACUGAGAACUCCCCCGGAGUGGAGGAUUUAUAUGUGUUUUAGAGAUUUUCCCUUUCUCCAUUUGUUUCCCUCGGCGUAAAUACUUCGGAAUAAGAAGGUUUUGCUGCGUUAUUGGCUGGUGACGCGGCUGCCCUGGAGAAACGAGAAGGAUGGCAGCCUGGUUCACCUUUACCAUCGCAUUCAGCACCACGUUAAUAUCACAGGUAUUUGGAUCCGGAGUUUUUGAGCUGGAUCUCCACGAAUUUAAAAACCACAGAGGUUUGCUGGCAAACGGAAACGCGUGCAAGCCCAGCUGCAGGACUUAUUUUAGAGUUUGCUUGAAGAACUAUCAGGCUGUGGUUUCGCCAGGUGACUGCAUCUUUGGAAGUACAAUGACACCAGUGCUGGGGACAAACUCUUUCAGCGCCAAGGACAGUGGCACUUUACCUAGACCGAUUCAAAUACCGUUCAACUUUGGAUGGCCGGGGUCGUUUUCAUUAAUAAUUGAAGCCUGGCAUUCACCUUAUGGAAAUCUACCUGUAGAUGCCAAAAACCAAGACUUUCUGAUAGAGUUCUUCGCCAUCCAAAGGCAGCUGGGAGUAGGAACCGACUGGUCUCAGGAUACGCAGUCAGGAAAGCAGACAGAGCUGAGAUAUUCGUACCGGUUUAUCUGCAACGAAAGCUACUACGGCGAAAGUUGUUCCAAAAAGUGCACGCCCAGGGACGACCGAUUCGGCCACUACACCUGCACCCGAGAUGGGCAGCUAUCCUGUCUGCCUGGCUGGAAGGGGAAAUACUGCGAAGAACCUAUCUGUCUGGAAGGCUGCAGCGAGAGUAAUGGAAACUGCUCCAGACCUGGCGAGUGUGUAUGCAGAGAUGGUUGGCAAGGCACAUUCUGUGACGAGUGCAAGAAGUACCCGGCCUGUAAGCACGGUACCUGCCAGCUGCCGUGGCAGUGCAACUGCCAGGUGGGCUGGGGAGGCCUAUUAUGUGACCAAGACCUGAACUUCUGCACCCAUCACCGUCCGUGUGUGAAUGGCGCCACCUGCAUGAACACGGGCCAGGGAAGCUACACCUGCACUUGCCUGCCAGGUUUCACGGGAGUCAACUGUGAGCUGGAGAUGCAGGAGUGUGACAGCAACCCCUGCAGGAACGGAGGGAUAUGCAAGAAUCUGGAGAAUGGCUACAUGUGCACGUGUCCCCCGGGUUUCGAGGGCUCCCACUGCGAGCACAGCCUGCUGACGUGCAAGGACUCCCCCUGCUUCCACAGCGGCAAGUGCUGGGAGAAGGACAAUGGCCGCAGCUACAUGUGCGAGUGUCCCCGCGGCUACACCGGACUCAACUGCGAGAAGAGAGUGGACAAGUGCACGUCGCUUCCCUGCGCUAAUGGUGGUCUGUGCGUGAUCCACGGGGGCCAGCGUAUGUGCAGCUGCCGCGCGGGAUUCAUCGGCCAGCACUGCGAGAUCAACAUCAACGAGUGCGCCGGUAACCCCUGCCUCAACGGGGGCACCUGUCUGGACCGGAUCAACGACUACACCUGCUCCUGCCCCGCGGGCUACGGGGGGCGCAACUGCGACAGGAUCCUGGACGAGUGCUCCCUUCUACCCUGCCUCAACGGGGGCAUCUGCACCGGAGGGGGAGGCCCGGGGAAGCCCCCGGCGACGUGCGUCUGCCCCUCCGGCUUCACCGGGCCCCGGUGCGACAUCGUCAUCGCAGUGACCUCGCCCGUGACCAAUCAAGAAAUCCAAGAUGGCUUCCAGUGGGCCGCGGUGUCUCUGGCCGUGGGGCUGGUGGCGCUCCUCGUGCUGCUGUGCAUGGUGGGCCUGGCCCUGAGGCACAUCCACAGGCAGUCCCGGAGGCAGCGGGGAGAGACGGAGACCAUGAACAACUUCUCCAACGUUCAGAGAGACAACCUGAUCCCGGCGUCCCAGCUGAAAAACACCAACCAGAAAAUCAGCCUGGAGGUGGACUGCGAUUCCGAGAAAUCAAACUUUAUCCAUAAAAACUAUCACUUGGACUCUUACAACUCUAAAUCAAAGGAGUUCAAGGAUGAAAAAUCACAAGAGGAUAAAAGUCUUAUUUACGACAAGUGUUUAGAAGAUAAAAUGCCCUUGAGUAGAAUGUACAGCGAAAAGCCAGAGUGUAGGAUAUCUACGAUAUGUUCCUCAAGAGACUCCAUGUACCAGUCGGUAUUCGUUAUAGCGGAGGAGAGGAGGGAGUGCGUCAUAGCAACAGAGGUAUAAACUGUGAGGGGUCAGAAGGCAAGGGAACGAGGAGAGGAGAAGAAGAAGAAGAAGAAAAAAAAGACACAAUCGAGGCAGAAUAUAAUAUUCUGGAUUGUUUACAAAUGCUGAGAAGAGACUGGAGAUUGUUUUAGACGUUCACUGCUGCUCUGGAACACUUGAGAACUGGAGAGGGCGGAAACCUCCGCUCUGGACUGAACUGAGAAACUUUAUGUCGACCGAGUGUUUGUAUGCAAAACAUGUACAGUGAAGGACCGUUCUCAGUCGUGACAAUGGCCUAACGGACUGGCGAAUAGACUCAAGGUGUGAAGACUGACAGAGCAUCGGUGAAAUAUUUUUUAUUUAUAAUCUCGGCCAUCUUGGACAGUAAAAGGGAGGAGAAGGUGGAUCGCUGCCCCUCAUAUCUGACCCGGCCUUGUGUGAUAAUCAUGAUGACUUUGACAGCCAACCAAUCAGUAUAAAAGGUGCCUAAGAUUUGACCCCUCGGAAACCCCCCAACACACACACACACACACACACACACACACACACACACACACACACACACACACACACACACACACACACACUCACUCCUGCCAGUUUCGCCUGCUAUGCAAGACUCAGGGUCGAGAUGAGUGAACUCACCCACUGUCACAAUCCAACCUCACCAACGUUGAAAGUUAUGAAUGUCUGAAAGGAAAUCUUCAACUGUCAAUCGCGUGAAAAGAAAAACAUGUAAAAACAUGUUUAAAAAAAAAGAUGACCGGUUGGACUUGUCGAUGCAAAGGGUGAAGAUUGUAUGCAGCCCCAAUUCACUAGAAGCCUUAAAAAAAAAAGAAGAAAAAAAGCGGGUUUGAAUGCUAAAUUUUGUGCCCUUGUUUGUUCUUGGAUCGUUUGCACUACUGAAAAAAACAAACAAAAAAAAAAAGACAAAUAGCAAAAUAAAAAUACGUGGGGGGAAAAUACUUUUUAAUCAACGGGGACUCGGGAGAGAAAACCACAGGAUAGUCAGUGCAGUGCCAGCAAGAUCCAAGAGAAAGGAAAAGUGCGCAUAGAAAACGUGUUGUUUUUUUUAUGCAACCCGACAUGAGGAAAACAAAGAGACUCAAAACAAGGAGAAAAGACUGUCACACCACUGCCUGCCUAUAAUAAAUUUCAAAAGUACAGAACCAAUAAUGUAAUUUUUUAAAAUGAUUAUUUCCAGAGUUUAAUUUAAAUAUGACACACUGCUCUUUAUAUGUUUUAUAAUAUUAUUUUGUAUAUAAUGCAUAUUUAUAAGGACCAAACUUCUGAAGAAUAAAACUUCCUUGGAAACUGUUUGUCAGUAAACGGAGAGAAGAGAAUUAUUUUUGAGGUGUUUUUAAACAAUGACUGCAAACGAUGAUCAA